AUGUUGACCAAAAGUCUACUAGUGAGCAUGUUAGCUCUAAGUUCGACCCAGGCUGCUCCGGCUGUAGAUGACCUGAAAACCAUUUCCUUCCCAUUACACAGCAAAAGAAGCGUGGCAGGUACCUCAGCUUUAACACCAAUCAAAAAUACAGGGGAGCAAGUAUCAACAGCUAUGGUGCUUGUUAGCGAGUUUCUCAGCACACAACAAAACAAGCCCCUUGGUCAGUCACUAGCCGCCAACAGCGGAGUCCAAGGAACUCCUGAGGCCAUCAUCGAACAACACGGAAACGAUAUUUCUUAUUAUCUCGAUCUUGAAAUAGGUUCUAGUGGGCAGAAUUUCAGUGUCAUCAUUGAUACCGGUUCCUAUUAUACAUGGGUUUAUGGCACAAAUUGUACAAACAGCGUGUGCACCUCUCAUAACCAGUAUGAUAUUUCAAAGUCUACUAGUGCAAGUGUACUGGGCCAAAACUUUUCAAUCCAAUACACCACAAGUACUGUGUCUGGCGAUGUAAUCAGCGACGUAGUCUCGUUUGCUGGUUUCGAAACCAUUCUAGACUUUGGUGCAGCGGACCAGGCUGGUAAUACGUUUGCUUCAUUUCCCAUUGAUGGUAUUAUGGGUUUAUCGGCAAAUGACUAUGCACCCACUACCUUUCCAGGUGUAUUGACCACCCUCAAGAAUCAGAGCCUUAUUGAUGAGCGGGUUUUUGCUGUCAAUCUUGGCAUUGCUGCUCAUCCUGAUGACCAAGGCAGUAUUACAUUCGGCGGUGUUGAUACCUCCAAAUACAACGGAGAUAUUUCGUAUACUGCUGUUCAGAGUGGCCAAGUUUUAUGGACUAUUCCUGUCGACAGCACCUCUGUCAAUGGUAAUGUCAUAGAUUUCGGAGGAAACAGAUCUGCUGUUGUGGACACUGGUACAACUCUGUUGGUUAUGCCUCCUGAUGAUGCCCUUAAAAUCCAUGGUCGUAUUCAGGGCUCUGAAACUGAUGGCACUAACUUUGCUAUUCCUUGCGACACUGACGUUACCCUAGAUCUGGAAUUCAACGGAGUUCAAUGGCAGAUCACUAAGGACAAUUUCAUUGGCAGUCCACUUCAAAGCAAUGCAACUAUGUGUGCCACUAAUAUCCAAGGAAUUAACAUUCAAGAUUCCAAUUGGAUUCUCGGUGAUGUGUUUUUGAAAACCGUUUACACUGUUUUUGAUAUGGAUGGUCAGCGUGUUGGAUUUGCCAAUAAGACCAUCGGUUCUACCGAUGGCACCCCUAAAGAUUCAUUAAUUCUGCCGUCGCUCUUGACUAGUUCUUCUGCUUCUUCGUCUUCUGCGACUUCCACCUCUUCUUCUAGCUCAUCAUCAACGGCAAGCUCAAGUCUAGCUUCCAGCACCACCACUGGACCAUCAACUAGCACCAACUCCGCAUCUGCAUCCAAAACUUCCACAACCUCAAAAGUCUCAUCUUUGCCUGCCUCCUCUAUGUCUUCUAAUAUUUCCACCACCAGUGCCCAAGCAUCUACUCCGGCAGCCACCCAAUCGACUAAGGCUUCUCAUUCCUCAGACACCUCUGCUGCCUCGUCUAAUAUUCAAAAUCUUUGGUUCGCUAUUGCUAUCUUUUUGACAAUGGCAUUUUUAUAG